UUUUUGACACAAAAACACCACCGUCUACUGUGAUGAGUGGGAAAAUGGCCACCAUUCACCACCGCCCGCAGUGGCAACACGUAGUGUGCUUACCAUGGAUGGCCCCCUCGAGAUGGAAGCGCUAAGCCAAGGAUACAGGGGAUGGGUCCAAGGUUUGUGGGAUUGGACAAGAGGAAAAACGUUUCAUGUCCUUGUCUUGCUUGGUUUGUCCCUGUUGGUUUGUCCCGGUGGGUGCUGUGUCUACGCAUAGCCAUCGAAACAGACUCGAUCAUCAAUGGCCGUCUCGAUCACUUUGAUAGAUCGCACUAUAAACGUCCUCUUCAUACUGGAGACGUAUCUAUUCUCUCUGUUUCUACU